CUCCGAGGGGCAGGGGGCGUGGCCUGCCCCGGUUCCCGGCGGGCGGUGGCUGUGGUCGCGGACGGGUCCAGGCGCCGGUCGCGGCCAUGUCGGUGCGCGGGAAGCUGAUCGCGGUGCUGGGCGAUGAGGACACGGUGACCGGGUUCCUGCUGGGCGGCAUCGGCGAGCUGGAUAAACACCGCAAGCCCAACUUCCUGGUGGUGGGCAAGGAGACGAGCGUGGCCGAGAUCGAGGAGGCGUUCCGGAGCUUCCUGAAUCGGGAGGACAUCGGCAUCAUCCUGAUCAGCCAGUGCGUGGCCGACCUCAUCCGGCACGCCGUGGAGGAGCACCGCCGGCCGCUGCCCGCCGUGCUCGAGAUCCCCUCCAAGGACCACCCCUACGACCCCAGCAAGGACUCGGUGCUGCGCCGCGCCAGGGGCCUCUUCUCCCCCGAGGACUUGCGCUAGCAGCGGCCCCCCCCCCCGGAACAACCCCCGUGGAGCACCCCUGGAACCCCCCUUGGAACCGCCCCGGGGGACCUCAGCCCUGCCCGGGAAACCCAAUUUCUCCCCCGUUGAGAUCCUAAAACCCUCCUCUGUGGUGUCCUGGACCCCCUCCUCCUGGACCCCAGCCGCUCCCCGGGACCUCAAACACCCCCGGAGGUCCUAAAUACCUGCCUUGGGACCCCAAAACACCCCCCGGGGCCCUAACCCCACCUCCAGGGUCAUGAACACCCUCAGGGGAGCUCAGCCCCCACCCCCAUGGACCUCAAAACCCUCUUUGGACCCCAAAAUCCCUCCCUGGGGACUCUAAACUCCCCCCCCCCCCCUUUCCCCCGCGGUGCUGAUGGGGGGAGGUGGUGGGUUGAGGCUCCCGUGACUCUGGGUCAGCAGCGCUGGAAUAGGAAGUGCCGCCGCGGGGCUGCGUGAUCCUGAGCGAUCCUGGCUGGUCCUGACUGGUCCUGGCUCAUUCUGCCCGCUCCCUGCCCAUCCCUGCCUCGUCCUUGCCUGCUGCCCGUCCCCUCCUGCCGGUCCGUGCCCGUUCCCUGCCUGUUUCAUGCCCAUCCCUGCCCCCGAGCGGGUCUGGGACCCCCCAGGGGCACGCGGCUGUUGGACCGUGUCCCCCUCCGCCGCGGGUCCCAACACGAGCUGUCACCGCU